UGGCUGGCUGUAAAUACCUUUGGUUGUCAGGAAGUGAACUAGUGUGUGUGCCAACUGGAAAAUUAAGGGACAUAACAUCUUCACAUCUAAAAUAACCGAACGAAAUAAUCGUGCCUUUGAGGGUAUAGUAAUUAUAUUUUCAAGAAAACUGGAACAUAUCAGCUUUGGACAUGGAGAAGAAGCAUGGAAGGAGUCAACCAUGGGGGAAGUUAGUAAAAGUGGACACUCAAUCUGAAGUAUUGCUUGUCAACAGGGAAUGCACUGUCGGGCGAAGAAAAGGCUGUGAUCUUUCCUUUCCUGCUAACAAACUGGUCUCAGGGGAUCACUGUAAGAUAGUGCAAGAUAAGAGCUCAGGGUUGGUGUGGCUAGAGGACACAAGCACCAAUGGUACAGUGAUUAACAUGUCUAAGCUGGUGAAGAAGCAGAUUCAUAUGCUGCAGAAUGGAGACGUCAUCUACUUUGUAUACAGGAAAAACGAACCAGAGCAAAACAUUGCCUACAUGUAUCAGUCCAUAAAACCAGAGAGGACAUUCUCACAAGACACAAUUGGUGGUGCCACCAGAUGCUCAGUAAUGCAGCAGAAAGCCCAGACCUGCCCUGUUACAGCAGCAGUAUGUGUGUCUGUGGAGCCAUUCCUUGUUGGACUUUCACGGGAGCAGCAGGCCGUGGACGAACCCCAGCCCUCCACCUCCUCCCACCUCCUCCACACAGUCUCCUCCUCUACAGCCUGUUCCUCUGCAGCCUCCCUCCUGCACUCCUCUGCCUUAGACACACGACAGACUGAAGCCCACAACCGAGUCACAAUGUUGUAUAAGGAGGAGGAGGGGGACAUGGAGCCAGAGAGAAAAAGGAGGAAAACUGACAGUGCUGACAAGGACUAUGAUUUUGGACUGCCACAUACGUCCAGUAUUGCGGUGGUCGGCCCCAGCCCAGCUAAGGUUUCUCUUAUCAGGGAUCUGUUGGGAAAAGCUGCUGUGACUGUGGAAGAAGCCAAGACUGACAAGAUGGAGGAGUCCCUCACCUGUAUCAUCUGUCAGGACCUACUUCAUGACUGUGUCAGCCUGCAGCCCUGUAUGCACACCUUCUGUGCUGCAUGUUACUCUGGCUGGAUGGAGCGCUCGUCUCUCUGCCCCACCUGCCGUUGCCCUGUAGAGAGGAUCCGCAAGAACCACAUCCUCAACAACCUGGUGGAGGCCUACUUUAUCCAACACCCAGAGAAGUGUCGCAGUGAGGAGGACCUGAAGAGCAUGGACAGCCGGAACAAGAUAACUCGGGACAUGCUGCAGCCAAAGAUUGAGCGUUCCUUCUCUGAUGAAGAGGGCAGCUCUGAUUAUCUCUUUGAGCUCUCCGACAACGACAGUGACACCUCCGAUAUCGGCCAGCCCGUUGUGAUGUGCAGACAGUGUCCAGGCUACAGGAAGGAGGUCAGCCAGGUACUGUGGGCCACAGGGCCAGACCCUCUAGGACCAGCCCCACCAGCUCUUCUAGGACCAGCCCCACCAGCUCUUCUAGGACCAGCCCCACCAGCUCUUCUAGGACCAGUCCUACCAGUCCCUCAAGGACCAGCCCCACCAGCACUUCUAGGACCAGUCCUACCAGCCCCUCAAGGACCAGCCCCACCAGCUCUUCUAGGACCAGUCCUACCAGCCCCUCUAGGACCAGCCCCACCAGCUCUUCUAGGACCAGUCCUACCAGCCCCUCUAGGACCAGCCCCGCCAGCUCUUCUAGGACCAGCCCCGCCAGCUCUUCUAGGACCAGCCCCGCCAGCUCUUCUAGGACCAGCCCCGCCAGCUCUUCUAGGACCAGCCCCGCCAGCUCUUCUAGGACCAGCCCUGCCAGCUCUUCUAGGACCAGCCCCGCCAGCUCUUCUAGGACCAGCCCCACCAGCUCUUCUAGGACCAGCCCCACCAGCUCUUCUAGGACCAGCCCCACCAGCUCUUCUAGGACCAGCCCCACCAGCUCUUCUAGGACCAGUCCUACCAGCCCCUCUAGGACCAGUCCUACCAGCCCCUCUAGGACCAGCCCCACCAACUCCUGAGGACAGGCCAGGGAAACCCCCUGGGGCUAGGGAAUCAACAUUAUCAACAUGCUCUGAUGUCCCCACUACAGCUCCUCAGGAUUACACCUGUCCUCCUCUGGGCAGCCAUGUCAUCUGCACCUGCUGCCUGCAGCCCAUGCCAGACCGCCGCGCCGAGCUCAUUGGCCAGCAACUCUCCGCUCAGCAAUGUGUGGCGUGCCUGCGGCCCUUCUGUCACAUGUACUGGGGCUGCCAGAGGAUCGGCUGUCAGGGCUGCCUCGCACGUUUCAGUGAACUCAACCUUACAGACAAAUGCCUGGACGGUGUUCUGAACAGCAAUAACUAUGAAUCAGAGAUCCUCCAGAGUUACUUGUCAGCCAGAGGGAUGUCGUGGAGGGACAUGCUACAGGAGGGUCUUCAGGGCCUGCAACAGGGAACCUUCUAUCUGUCUGAUUAUCGCAUCAACAGUAACGCCAUACUCUGUUUCUGCUGUGGCCUGCGAGCCUUCGGGGAGCUGGCCUACAAAUACAGACAGAACAUCCCUGCCUCGGCGCUUCCUGCUGUUGUGACGUCUCGGCCAGACUGUUAUUGGGGACGCAACUGCCGUACUCAAGUCAAGGCACACCAUGCCACGAAAUUCAACCACAUAUGUGAGCAGACCCGUUUCAAGAGCUGAAGAGCCUCGUAGGUGACCUGCUAUGCAAGGCUCUCCUGCGAACACUGGCGCGUACACAGACUUCCAAGGAUCUCCUGUAUUACUCUCAUAUGUACAGUGAUCAUUUUACUCCCUUAUUAAGCAGCGCCUUGCCGUGAGGAAAGGUAUCUCUUAGGUAAUAUAACUUGUAGUUCUCUCACAGGCUUUAUAGGCUUAUGUAUUUGAUGAUAUGCUGAAAUUACAAUCACACUCUUUUUGCUAGGUCAUGAUUAGCCAGCCUAGUGUUAUAGGUAUAGUAGGGGUGAGUGGGAUAAUGCUAUGCACUCCACACAGUAAGAGCGGAUUCCCCUAUAUGAUGAUGACAGACUUAUAUCUUAUGUGGAAUAUGAUCAUCAUCGCCCUUCAUUCCAGUAUCAUGUCCUUUUGGGUGAGGGAUAUAUUUUAAAAAAUCUACUGAAGACCGUUGGCAAUCAAAAUGGACUUUGGCCAUACAUGUGCCACACAGGAUGCAAUGCCAUCUUUUGUGACAGUUUAAGGAUCAUAUUGAUAUUAGUAAGAUGUUGAUACUUUUCCUAUUUCUGUGUUUCUGAGUAAUUAACUGAGUAGUUAACUGUUUUCCUUUCUCUUAACUUGUGGUCUAGUACUUUAGAUAUCUUGGAGAAUUAUGUAUUUGAAUUAGAAUCUAGAGCUUCCUACUCAA